AUUAUUUUUGUUUUGUUUUGAUGCAAUGUGCUCAUGGCUUUAUGCGGCGUUUUGUUUGUGAAUUAAGUAGAUAUUUCUUCUUUAAACUAUUAUUAGAAUUCAUAUAAAUUUAGAAUAAUGAUAAUUCUACUAGCUGACAAUCUUUUCUCUCUUCAAAGACUUUCACUUUGUACAAAAUACGAUGAAUUUUCCACUAAGUACGUGUCACUUCAACUUUCUUCAGACUUUGAAUGUUUAGUCCAGGUAUUUUCUAAGAGAGAGAUUGAUCCCAGUUACUGUGUACUAAAUUGUAGUGUUAUUAAAUGCUCCAAUUUUGAAAAACCUAAUCUCCUUUUAGAGAUUGGUUCGGUCUUGAAAAACUUAAAAAGUUUGGAAACAAGUAGUUUACAAGUUGUAGAUCCUGUAUCAAACAUAAAAGUAGUUUCGUUGUCUGUAGUUUUCACCAAUGCAAGACUCACCUCCAAAUGGAAAUCUAAAAAUGAAGUAGUUGUUAGUAUAGUGAGAGAAAUUUUAAAAAUGUUUGUCUUCACUAACAACUGUAUUAUAUUUCCAAAUUGUGUGGGUGCUUCAAAAUCGUUGGGCAUACAUUGUCUUCUAAUCCACGAUACUGGUGGUGUUUGUGGAAGAAUCACAUCUUCAACGAGGGUUAACAUAGUGAAUUCAUUGAGCAAAUCUUGGUUUGAGCUACAAAAACCUCUAGUUUGUCCCAACCCUAAUAACGCUAUGUACAAACUGUUCAAAAGCCACUGUGUGUUUGAGAGGACUACUGAGUCUCCGCUGAUAAGUCACAACAUUUUGUUGGUGGGUCCUUCAGGAUGUGGCAAAACAACUCUGGUGAAAAGUGUAGCUUUUGAUUGUGGGGUACCAAUCAUAACUCUCCUAGGACCGGAAGUAAGUAGCUCAGAUCCGGGUCAAACAGAGCGUAACAUCAAGGAAUUAUUUGAGGAAGCAAAGUUGAUUUCCAAGGAGAAACCUGGAGGCAUGUGUUUGAUUUUUCCUGGACCAAGUAGAUGCCCUUGCCGGGAAAGAAAGUGCCACCCAUUCUGCUCGAAUCAUCUCGUUAGUUUUGGAUCAGUUGGAUUCAGUUAGCAGAGUUAAAGGAGUCCUAGUUGUAGCUGCGACAGACAACCCGGAAGUUCUAGUGCCUUCGAUUAGACGACCUCCUCGUUUGGCGGUUGAAUUGUUGAUGGGUGUUCCGUCCCUGUGUGAGAGAGAAGAAAUGCUGAGGAACCUUUGUUUAAAAAUGGAAGUUGACGACAGAUAU